GUAAAUACUUAAUAUCAAAUAACAAAUUUAUGAGUACACUUUAUUAAACGGCAAUUAUGUUUCAAGCGUUUAUAUUAUCGAGAGAUUUCGUGAGAUAAAUUGAUGCACUUUUGUACACUUGUAAAGCAGACCGUCUAGCGACGCAGCAGGAUAUACCCAGCGAAAGAGGAAGUUCGCUAUAUUGUAGAUAGGCAAUCGAAAUAUGACGGAGCUAGUUUUACAUAAUGACAGUGAAUGAUAAUUAGAUAUUAGCAGCAUUUAAACAUUACCUGUUUUCUGCGACAAUGGCAGGCGAGAGUGGGGACGGCAAAUACUGGCGACGGCGCGAUGCCUUUCGAAGAAAAAGAAUAACCUCUCUUCCUGAAGCGGGUAGCCCUCACACUAGAAGUAAAGCAGAAUUAAGACUGUCGGAACCUGGUAGCUUGGGACAUAUUCGACACUCCGAUACGGACAUUGAAUCUUCUGAAACAGAAGGCAUGACGGAAGACGUACUGCGAGCGCGAUCAACAUGUUGUCAACACUCCGUAGGUAGUUCUCCAAACAACAGUCAUAUCCCUGACAUUCGAAGUUCUACAUGUAAUGAAACGCUUAACAAACAAGGCAGUGACCAAAGCGGCACAUUUGAAACGUAUGGUGAUUCAGUGGAUGUGGAAAGUCAGAGCUGUCUCCUCCGUAGUGACAAUUGUUGUUGCUGUGACCAAACUACAACCAAUCAGAUGAAUAGAGAAAAUAACGUCUCAUUCACUGGAGAAAAUACACCGCGUCGCUGUUCAUGUCAUAAUGCUGGCAACUUCAGUAAGAGUGCAUCUUUUGUUUUAGUGGAAGGAAAUACUGCAUCACUAUCCCUCCGUUGUAGAAAUGGUCGCUGUUUUGUGCAAAAGAUUCAAUCCCGGAACAUUUGCGAAGGUGUUGUGAGUAGACCCACAGAAAUACACUGCGAACUAUUUUUAAGUAAUGACACAGAGACAGACGACUGUGAAAGCGAAGGUUUUAUAUCUGUAAAAGGUCAAAGAUAUAUGGGAAGUGAUUCUGAGUCAAACCGCAGCUCAAUAACAUUCACAUCUGUUCCAUCUUCGAGGUCUUCAUUUCUUUCUGUACGUGCAGAUAAGAGAAACUCUUAUUCAGUUUUGCAUUGUGCCAUCUCGAAGAAAUUGUGUUGCCCCAAUUGUGGCUUGCAGUUCCCUUUUAAAGAAAAUGCAAUGCCACUUGUUUUAAACAGUGAUGAACCGUUACACGGACAAGGAGAUCGAUCAGUAAAAUCUCUUCCGCGGGAAUUCGUACUUAAAUCAAAUACUAAAAUCACCAACGAUGCCAAUUAUCAGCGAGUGGACAUAUCUAAGAUAUCAGAAGAAGAUAACGAAAGGCAUAGCGAUGACGAAAUCGUAUUAGAUAUCCAUCCAGAUUCUAAAGCAAUCUGUGCAAAGUUGAGCGAUGAAAAUGACUCAUACUCAGGUGUAUUGAAUGCUCUACACUGCCACGACAACGUAACUGACAAUCAUAACAGAAGUGAAUUGAAUACCGAUUGUAUGAGAACAGACGAGAGCGCAGAUGUUGACGAAGAAAUCAUGGGUACGGAAUUCUCUGAAAAUACGGACUGUGAAAAUGAAGAUCAUUUAUUUGACAUUUACGAUAAUGUUCAAAGCUGUUGGUUGUGUUCAAAAUUAGGGAUUGACUUCUUUUGUAGAUUUUCUAACAAGUACUUCUGCGUCUCGUGUUUAGAUACACAUAAAGAACGGGUUCCAUUAUCCCAUAUCGUCGCCUCCCAAAAUGACAUCGAUUAAAUAAACCACUGCAUUAGAUACAUAAGAACCCCGUUUACUCGAACCCGCUUAGCUCGAAUUGUAUCUAAAGGACCGAUUUCUUUAAAUUGAAGGAAAGCAUUCCCGCUUGGGUCGAAUUUUCCGAGGCUCGAGGUAUUUUUGCCGGUCCCUGCGAGUUCAAGCCAACGGGGUUUGACUGUACUUACAAGCGACUUACAAAAAAACGACAGGUCACGAGCUAACAUAAAAAUAUUUUCGACGAAAAAAAACCAUCGUAUCUUUCUAAAAUCAAAUAUAACAUACUUAAAAACAAUUGCGUUUUGAACAAGGUGAUAAGAAUUAUCAUUUGAAGAUCAAGUAUUUAAUUUGUCUUGUCGUAUUUAUCUCCUUCCCACUCUUUCCCAUUCACACCUAAAGUUCAAUCUUUAGUUCAACAAUGAAAUUAUUCUAUUUAAAUGAAGCUUUAAACCUUUGAAAUAUUAACUUUGUUAAUAACAUAUGAACUAAUACACAUCUAAUAAUGGAAACCCCAAACACCUCAUCUCGUUUUUUGCAUGAAAUCAGGAAGUAAACUGAGUUUUCAACUCCCUCAUUAUUUGUACUGCAUGGUUGUUAUCAUAUGAUCUACACAUUUGCAUAAAUAAAUUGAGUUUAAAAGAAUAGCAAUUAUUUAUGAUUCAUCCUAAAGUAGGGUAUUGUCGAGCAUCGUUGGAUCUACUUCUCAGCGAGCAUAGGGCAAAACGUCGAAUGAUGGAUACAAACAAUCUUAGAGAUGCACUCUUACUCCCAAAUAAGAUUUUCGUCAAUUAUUAUAUUUGUUUAAAUAUACAAAAAGGAUGAAUAAAUGUCAUAAACAAUGGUUCUUAUGAAGGAGAGUUUUAUUGGAAGGAAAGUUGCAGAAACACUGAAAUUCUACCUUAUGAGAGUAUAGUAGAUCACAUUAAAUAUUUUAUCUCUCACCAAUCAUUUAAUAUUUUUUUGCGUUUUCAGCUUUAAAAUACACAUUUACAAUAUUUUUAUCAGUAAUAAAUAUGUUCCAUACAUGCAGUAUUUAGUAAGAAGUUAAAUGUUUAUCACUCAAAAUUUAUGUUUGUAAUACAUGUGUAUGCAUUGAUUUUGAAUAAGAGUGUCAUUUUUACAGAUAAUGAAGUUAACAGCUCAUUGCCUCAGAAUUAAAAUCUGGAAUUCAUUUUCAAUUUCAGAUGACCUCUAUCUUAAGUGUUCAGUAAAUAUAUGAGUUCUAUAUUUAUAUCCAUCCUAUCCCUUAAAGCUGCACUCUCACAGAUUGACCAUUUUGACAACUUUUUUAUAUUUUUGUCUUGGAGUUGGCGUAAAUGUAAAUGUAAACCAUUGAUAUAAGACUGUUGACAUAAGAUCCGAUUGCAGCUUUUAUAUUUAUGUUCAAAUAUUGAUGAUUUUGCCGAUAAACUAUUGUUUAAAAGAUAUCAAUUUUCGACCCGGCAAUCUGUGAGAGUCCAACUUUAAGAAUUGUACAUUUGAAACAGUCAGACAUUACGCUCUCUAUCGUUUCUGUAUGUGAAUGUCUCUCGUUAUGUAAAUAAAACCAUUUGUGUCUA